AUGUCUGCCCUCCCCCCUCGGGACCAGUCUGUGGUCAAGGUUCUCACCCAUCCUAUCCCCAUGGGGAGAGCGGGCGAGUUCCUCAAACUGCUCACUAACCAACCUCCCGGCGGUCCUGCCCGUGUGCGCGAGUGGAAGGCGCCCGGGGCCCGCGGGUGUGCGCGCGCCGGUGCCAGUGCGAGUGAGUGCGGCGCCGUUCGCUCGCUCCGCUCCGCGCCCGCCCGCGCAGCCCGCACACUCACACUGCUUGGUUGCUGCCGGGUGACGCGGGCUGGGCCCGCCCCCCGCCUGCCGGCCCCUGGCACUCACUCGCCGGCCGCCGCCGAGCAGGCAGCAGCCGCGUCAGGGCCGUCCGGGGGGCGCCGCCGGCGAUGCCCGCAGCCCUCGCCGCGCAACGCCGGCCACGCCCCCCGGACGGCGGCCAGCGCGGGCCGCCGCAGCCCCUCCGACGGCGCCCGCGACGACGACGAGGAUGUCGACCAGCUCUUCGGAGCCUACGGCGCCAGCCCGGGCCCUAGCCCCGGCCCCAGCCCGGCUCGGCCGCCCGCCAAGCCGCCCGAGGACGAGCCGGACGCCGACGGCUACGAAUCCGACGACUGCACUGCCCUGGGCACGCUGGACUUCAGCCUGCUCUACGACCAGGAGAACAACGCCCUGCACUGCACCAUCAGCAAGGCCAAGGUGCCAAAGUUGAUGUUCUCCCGCAAGGGCCUGAAGCCGAUGGACCACAACGGGCUGGCGGACCCCUACGUCAAGCUGCAUCUGCUGCCAGGAGCCAGUAAGGCAAAUAAACUUCGAACAAAAACUCUCCGAAACACUCUGAACCCCACAUGGAAUGAGACCCUCACUUACUACGGGAUCACAGACGAAGACAUGAUCCGGAAGACCCUGCGGAUCUCCGUGUGUGACGAGGACAAAUUCCGCCACAAUGAGUUCAUCGGGGAGACGCGCGUGCCCCUGAAGAAGCUGAAGCCCAAUCACACCAAGACGUUCAGCAUCUGCCUGGAGAAGCAGCUGCCGGUGGACAAGACAGAAGACAAGUCCCUGGAGGAGCGGGGCCGCAUCCUGAUCUCCCUCAAGUACAGCUCGCAGAAGCAGGGCCUGCUGGUCGGCAUCGUGCGCUGUGCACACCUGGCCGCCAUGGACGCCAACGGCUACUCGGACCCCUACGUGAAGACAUACCUGAAGCCAGAUGUGGACAAGAAAUCCAAACACAAGACGGCAGUAAAGAAGAAGACCCUGAACCCCGAGUUCAACGAGGAAUUCUGUUACGAGAUUAAGCAUGGGGACCUGGCGAAGAAGACCCUGGAAGUCACUGUUUGGGAUUAUGACAUUGGAAAAUCCAACGAUUUCAUUGGAGGCGUGGUUCUGGGCAUCAAUGCUAAGGGUGAGCGCCUGAAGCACUGGUUCGACUGCCUGAAGAACAAGGACAAGAGGAUCGAGCGCUGGCACACGCUCACCAAUGAACUCCCAGGGGCUGUGCUCAGCGACUGACCAGCCCCCACCUGCUGCCGCACCCGCCCCUGCCUGUCACCUGGCCCAGCACCAGCCUGGCCCUGGGCUUCCUCAGCUGCCACCAAGGGCCUUGGCCCUCAUCUUGGGGGAGAUCCAGGAUGCUGCUCAGACACAGAGCCACUGCAGCUCCCGCUUGGAGGCUGUGGAGGACCUAGCCACUCCAAGGGAGAGCAAGGCCAGAAAGCUGGGCCUGCUUCCAGCCCCCUUGGGGCCCAAGAGGGCAGGAGAUGGGAGAGAACCUUGGCCUCAGCACCCACCCCAGGGAAGGGAAGGGGGCCGUCCAGGGGCUGAGGACCCUAUUUGAGGUCAGUAGUAAGUCACGGGGACCCCAGGUGGAGAGAACAGGAGUGCAGGGGCACCUUGGCCUUGGUGGGGCCAGGGAGAACUCCUGAGGGACAUUAGGGAGAAAGGGGCAUGAAGGGAAGUUGGAGAAGUUUAUUCCCAAAAGGAGGCUCUUACUGCAACCGUUCGUCUCUGGCAUUACUGGGCAGAUGGAGAAAAGCUGACCUGAGAGCAAGAAUGGUCAAGUUCCUACAAGCUCACUGAACAUGGGCAAUUGGCAAGCACUUCAAUGAUUCCACGAGCCGCUGGAGAAGAAUGAGAACCAGGGCCCACCCUCAGAGUUCCUGGUCUAAUCAGGGAGCUAGAAACCAUUACAACAGGGAGUGAGGAAUGCCAAGGCCAGGUUGACAUAACUGGUGAGUGCCAUGGAUUCUGACUCGGCUGGGAGGGCUUCCUGGAGGAGGUGAUGCCUCAGCAAGGCCUUGAAGGAUGAAUGGGUUUCUAGGCAGAUAGAGGAAAGGCACUGUGUGCAGUGGAAAUGAUCUACAAAGGCCUGGAGGGGAGAGUAUGGUGAUUGGGUCAAGGAUCACCGUGCAAGAUGUGGGGUCUCACUCUGGAGACAGGGUUUGUUAGGACAGGCAUGGGGGUAGGGGUGAUGUCACCCAGCCCUGCUCUCACCCCAUCCCUUCCUGCCAGGCUUACCCCAGUUCAUAGGAGGGAAGUGAUGGGUCAAGGUCAAGUUCAGUCCUCAGACCCACUUCUCCUACCUUUAAUCUUUCUCCUAAGAACCUGGAGGAUGGAUCCAGCCUCUCAUUACCAGCUUAAGCAUGAGGCCAGCUCUAGUCCCGAAGAGUCCCUCUUCCCUUUUUCACGAAGCAAAAAGUCUCCAUCCUCACCCUCUUCCUUCACCCACCCCCCACUUCUGAGUUCAGGGCUAGGAAGUGAGAGGCCCAGAUGAGUGCCCUACAUCCUGGCCCUACUGUGGCCACUGAUGUUCCUUUCAGAGUGCUGGGUGGCAGUCCAGGGCCUCAUUUCUGGGAAGACCUGUGAGUCUGGCUCCUCUCCCUCCAAGGGCUGAGACACCCUGCUUGGUGGGCCUUGCACGCUGAGUCAGGUUGAGGGCAUUGGAAUCUUGGGGUCCAGGUAUGAAGCCCCAAACUUUUCCUGCCUACCCAGGGGCCUUCAAGGCUGCUGUAUGAACUAAUGCAAAACCAGGGAAUUUCUGUGUGUGUCCCAUCACUGCGCUGAUGGAUAAAACAGAGGCCCAGAGAGGGAAAGUGACCUGCCUGAGGCCUUCCUGCCCUACCACAGCUGGCAAAGGCCGGGCUUCAUGGCCCCUGCCUCACCACCAGCCCAGAGCUAUGGACACAAUGGAAGUAGGGUGCUGGACUCCUACACAAGAGGUCCAUCCUGUAAGCUGCCUGCCUAGGGCUCACUCUUGCCUGCUGCAGACACAAAGCACAUCACCAUCUGAGGCCUGAGGUGAUGAUUCGAAUUCCACCAAGUGCCCAUCAGCCCUUUCCCACUUUGCAGGUUGAACAGGAUUCCAGCCCCCAAACGGUAGCUGGAAAACUUUUGCUGGUCACGGAGCCUUGGUUUUCCUGUCUUUAAGGUAGCUUUGUGUAUGUUAAGAGUUUUACGUGCACUUUGCAAUGAAUCCUCACAAUUCUAUGGGGUGGGUUUGUCGUCCUCAUUUGACAGACGAAGAAGCUGAGAUUCAGAGAGGCUGUGUAGUCUGUCAGUGGCACACAGCUGGGAAAGGGCAAACCAGGACUCAGCCCAGGUCCUGUGACUGCCACAUGGUCUGGUUGUCUGGGAGAGCGUACUCUCUGGGCCUCUGCCUCCAGGCUUCUGGAGGGUUCAGCAGAUAGCAGACUCGGUAGGGUCUGGUGCAUGGUGAAGGGGUAGGACCACGGCAGUCCUGCUGCCUCAGCUGCUAGAUAGCUUUGAAAUCACUUCUGCCAUUCAGAGCUUCCCCAGAGGUCCCCACAGUCCAGGCCGAGAGCUCAGCUAUCCAUCCCUCCCUGGGCUCUGAGUCCAUGGGCCAGGCCGUGCUCCUCACAGGGGCUCAGGCAAGGGUUCCUCUUUUAACCACAAGGCUGGCGUGGGGGAACCUUUGGGGAGCAAGCAAAGAGAUGGCCUAUUUUGGAGAGGCCUCCUGUCUGGGUGAGCCCUGGGUAUCUUAGCUUUGCCUCUUGGAGGGCCUCAUUCAGAAAAGAACCCCACAGACUUUCUGUGAAGAUACUGAACUGAAUGGCAAGGCUAGAAGGGGCUGGGAGUCUCAACAACUACCUUAUUAGACAGUGGGAAAACAGAGGCCCAGUAAAUGCGAGGAGCCCACUUGGGGCUCUUUACUGCCCCAGGCUGUACAAGGGUAGACUUGGUCCUGAAAGAUGGUCCCUCGUGACCAGGGACAGUCAGGAUAAAAGAUGGAUCUUCUGGACAGACAGCCCCAGUGGAGGGUGGGGUGCUUAGGAAGGAGCCCCCCCCCCCCCCCCCGCGCUUACCCCCAGGGAGGAGGGAAUCUUCACCAGGACCCUGGCACUGCUCUGGACCCCUCGCAGAUUGUAUCUGCUGAAGAAAAAGCUCUUUGGGAAGCUGCAGUAUCCUCUCUGCCUUUGGCCCCAAACUGGCAUCUUUCCUCUGGUCUAAGACUGGAAAGUUGACGCCCCUCCCUACCAACCACCACCACAAAGUCAUUCCAAAGUUUGGUGUCAGUAACCAGGAAGUCGCCCGACAGCACGCUGCAUCCUCCUCCACCCCCACCACUAGCCAAUCAAUCCCAGACGGGCCCCGUCUUCCAUCCCUGAAGCGGUAACCUCCUGACCCCUAGCGGCAAGAGCGAGGAACUGCACCUCCCGGCCCGUGCAUGUCCUACUGUUUGUUUCUUCUCAAACCGAGAGAACCUCCCGAUGCAUGGACUCUGGCUGUCGUCGACGCAGACUCUCGUGCACUGCUUAACACCGUUUUGCUACCAUGUGGUGGCUGCAGAAAAGGUCCUUAAACUGCAGCCCCACACACAAUUUUUGUACUUUCGUCUGACCUGGAAGGUGUCCUUUUUAAGUCUUAUUUGUUAAUAUUUAUAACGACCUAUAAUCCAAAGUAAAUGAAAACGUUCACUGCAA